UUUAUUUUUUAUUAUUAUUAAUUUUUCCGCGAGUGCGUGCGCGGGUGUGCGUGUGCGCGCAGUGCACGCCGAGCAGCUCCCGGGAAGAAAGAAAGAGAAAAUCCCGAAGAAGGAAAGGAAGAAGCCUAAAGUCACUGGUGCAAAGGAGCAAAGAAGAGACAUUUCCCUCCCCUCCUCCUCCCUCUUUUCCCCUCCCCAGGAGGAAAGAGAAGGGGAAAAAAAAGAAACUUUCACCUUGGACUCUUCUUUUUUUGGUGCAAACUUUCCCCCCCCCUCCCCUCUUUUCUUUUUCCUUUUUCCCCCCCAUUCCCCUCCUUUUUUUUUUUUUUUUCUUUUGUUUUUCCCCUUCCCCUUUUUGCAAAAUUGCUGCUGGUGGGGUGAAGCAGGAGGAAAAUGCCGCAGCUGAACGGCGGUGGAGGGGACGACCUGGGCGCCAACGAUGAACUGAUCUCUUUCAAAGACGAAGGGGAGCAGGAGGAGAAGAUCUCCGAGAACUCCUCGGCGGAGAGGGAUUUAGCUGAUGUCAAGUCGUCUCUCGUCAAUGAAUCAGAAACGAAUCAAAACAGCUCCUCCGACUCGGAGGCGGAGCGGCGGCCCCCGCCUCGGUCCGAAACUUUCAGAGAUAAAUCCCGGGAAAGUUUAGAGGAAGCUGCGAAGAGGCAAGAUGGAGGGUUGUUUAAGGGCCCACCAUACCCGGGUUAUCCCUUUAUAAUGAUCCCCGACCUCAGCAGCCCGUAUCUGCCCAAUGGAUCGCUCUCUCCGACGGCGAGAACGUAUCUGCAGAUGAAAUGGCCACUGCUUGAUGUUCAGGCAGGGAGCCUUCAGAGUAGACAAGCCCUCAAGGAUGCUAGGUCUCCAUCUCCAGCUCACAUUGUUUCUAACAAAGUGCCAGUUGUGCAGCACCCACACCAUGUACACCCUCUCACGCCGCUUAUCACAUACAGCAAUGAGCACUUCACACCAGGAAACCCUCCUCCACACUUACCAGCUGACGUAGAUCCCAAAACAGGAAUUCCAAGGCCUCCACAUCCUCCAGAUAUAUCUCCUUAUUAUCCAUUAUCACCAGGCACUGUAGGACAAAUCCCCCAUCCGCUAGGAUGGUUAGUACCACAGCAAGGUCAGCCAGUGUACCCAAUCACGACAGGGGGUUUCCGCCACCCUUACCCAACAGCUCUGACCGUCAAUGCUUCCAUGUCAAGCUUUCUCUCCUCUAGGUUUCCUCCACACAUGGUCCCGCCACACCAUAGUUUACACACAACUGGAAUUCCUCAUCCGGCCAUAGUCACACCAACAGUCAAACAGGAAUCUUCCCAGAGCGACGUCGGCUCACUCCACAGCUCAAAACAUCAGGACUCCAAAAAAGAAGAAGAGAAAAAGAAGCCACACAUAAAGAAACCUCUUAAUGCAUUUAUGUUGUAUAUGAAGGAAAUGAGAGCAAAAGUUGUAGCAGAAUGCACAUUGAAAGAGAGCGCAGCCAUCAACCAAAUCCUCGGUCGAAGGUGGCAUGCGCUAUCCAGAGAAGAACAAGCGAAAUACUAUGAACUAGCGAGGAAGGAGCGACAGCUUCACAUGCAGCUGUACCCAGGCUGGUCUGCACGGGAUAACUAUGGAAAGAAGAAGAAGAGGAAAAGGGAUAAGCAGCCAGGAGAGACCAACGAACACAGCGAAUGUUUCCUAAAUCCUUGCCUUUCACUUCCUCCGAUUACAGAUGCAAAUACUCCAAAGAAGUGUCGGGCAUUGUUCGGGCUUGACCGACAGAGUUUAUGGUGCAAACCAUGCAGGAGAAAAAAAAAGUGCGUUCGCUACAUACAAGGUGAAGGCAGCUGCGUCAGCCCACCCUCUUCAGAUGGAAGCUUACUAGACUCUCCUCCGUCCUCCCCCGCCAUGCUCGCCUCCCCCUCCAGAGACUCGAAACCACAGACUGAACAAACGCAACCCCUGUCGCUGUCAUUGAAGCCCGACCCGCUGGCRCACCUGGUGAUGAUGCCGCCGCCAUCCUCGCUGGUGCUCGCUGAGAGCGCCGCGAGCAAGCCCGGCGCCCUGCCCGCCGCCAGCUGCCCCAACGGGGCCCUGGAGCACCCUCCGGCCGCCCUCCCGCCGGCCGCAUCCCUCGCACAGCCCUCCACGUCCUCCUUGCAUUCCCACAGCUCGCUGCCGGGGACACAGCCCCAGCCGCUCUCCCUUGUAACCAAGUCCUUAGAAUAGCUUUAGCCUCGUUAGCCCUUUCGGUUUCCUUUCGGGGGGAUUGAAUUCUGUUGGUAUUUGGGGUUUUGGUUUU